UUAUUAUUAUUAUUAUUAUUAUUAUUAUCCUAAUUUAAUUUUUUAGCGAGUCUUUUUUACGAUUUUUAGAUGUAGCUGGUUACUUUAACGGACAAUUUUUGAAAUUUACUGAUUACGGGCAGUUUUUUAAAAGCUGAGUUCAAUUACACCAGUCACUCCCACGCCUGGGAGCUCCAAAGGCCGACCUUGUUGAAUCAAGGAAGCCUAUAGGCUACAGCCAGUUUGACGAAGUUGCAGCCUCUCUGAAAGGGUUACAGAUCCAUUUCUAAGGCUUUGGGAUUUACUUAUCUGGAUGACUGAGCAUGCAUCAAGACACUGUGAGAGCCAUUAUUCACAAAUGGAGAAAAGUUGAAACACUGAUGAACCUGGCCUAGUCAAAGUCUGCACUUAAAUCCAUUUAAGAUGCAUUGAGAUGACAUUUAACAGGCCGUUCAAGCUUGAAAAAUCUCCAGUGUAGCUGAAUUAAAACAAUUCUGCAAAGAAGAGUGGGCGAAAAUUCCUCUACAGCGAUGAUAAAGACUCAUUGCCAUUUAUCACAUAUGCUUAUUUGCAGUUCUUGCUGCCAAGGGUGGCACAUUUAGCAGGCUUUUUCACACAGGGCUAGAUUUGGAUAAUGUUUCUUCCCUUGAAUGAAUGAAAUCAUACUUCAAAAAAUGCAUUUUGUUUUUACUUGAGUUAUCUUUGACUGAUAUUACAAUGUUUUUUUAUGAUCUAAAACAUUUAAACGUGACAGAAAUGCAAAAAAACCCCCACCCCAAUAAUCAAUUAGGUAUGGGGCAAAUACUCAGAGCACUGAGUGUAUAAAAUAUAUUUGAUAAAACAUGUAUAUACAGUCUGCGGUGUAUACCAAUGCUUUAACAACACGUUUUUAAUGAUGUGCAUAAAGCGAUAGGAACUGACACGUUUAUCACAAAAAAUAAAUUAUUUACUAUGACUGUACAUUAACGACAUGUGUAUGUUAGAUUUAAGUUCACUUAUAAAGCCAGAAUAGUUUUGAUUUAUGAUUACUGUACAACAUUGCUUACAUUUUUGCCUGCACAGCAAUAACUCCUAAUAAAGUUCAUGUAAUUAAAUGGCAUUUAAUCAAAUUAGUUUUCAGAUCAGAUAAAGGAAAGUCUCUGUCACUGGAUAUGAUAUGACUAAAAUCUGCAGAUGUGAUGAAUAUUAUGAAUUUUAAAGUUGAGAAAUGUUGAGAAAACCUCAUAUAUCUUUAUCUCUCUAACUUUAUAUAACUGGCAAAAGAAUAAAAGGCAUGUUUGUGUCUUUUAGUGAGUUCAUUUUUUUCUUCAUUUAGAGUAUCACCUACAACAUGAAUAUGUCAGUGUCACUGGAGUAAACAGGCCUACAUAAUGUUGCCACCAGAUGGCAGCCAUGAAGUAUUUUGGGUUCCUGUGGAAGAGAGAAGUUUAUGAGUUGUGUGAAGCCAGCAGGGUAUCAGUUCACCCUCAGCUCCUUUUCUAAUACAGACCCAAAAUAUAUGUGACAAUGAGGCUCAUGCAUGAAAACGUUAACAUUAAAAAGCAGUGGUUGAAGAUGUGUUUAGGUCCUCAAGACAAAGCACCAAUGUAAGAAUUUGAAAAUGCUCCAUGCAGGUGAAAGCCCUGCAUUUAGAACAUCAGGCCAUUACAAGGUAAAUCUACUUUUCUGUCAACAUCUAAAGUACUCAUUCUGCAGGAAAACUGAAAAAAAAAAAGUAUCACUAUGCAGUGUAACGCUAUUAGAUUUACACAGUGCAGCACAAUGCUCCACUGGGUGAGUGUGGCCUUGAUGGGCCUGACUUUCCUCUCUGUGCCUCUGUCGGUUAAUUUUCUUCAGUUUUCUUCACACAGUUCAAAAACAUGCAUUUUAAGCUGAGUGCAUUUGAGUGUGCCUGUCCCUACAAGAUUGAAUUUUAUCAUCAUGCCACAUGACAGCUUUAAAAAAAAUUAACAAUACAGCAGAUGAUGGGAUAUCCUUACUUAAGAAAAAAAAGGCAAAUGGAUGAAUAAGUCAUCACAGUGAUCGCUAUCAGUCAUUCAUUAUCGACAGAAGGCUCUUACUGAGCGCUCAUAUUUUUCUUUUGCUAUAUUACUACUAAAAGCAGCAAACUGUGUAUAGACAUAUUAACCUUUUUUCUUUUAUAAGUGUACCAACCCAUUUCAGCAAUAAGUUUGUUUUUGGUCUGAAAGUGGAGCUUUUAAUUGAUCAAAAACAAAAAGGUACAUCAUUUUUAAUAAAGUUAUGCGCAAUUUCACAGCAAGUUUGCCAAUAAUGUUUAGUCUUGAGCUCUGUGUUAUACCAGCUCUGUGAGACAAAAGCAGGCUAUCGGCCAUCUGGAGGAGUCUUUGGCCCCCAGAAGAUCCUCAGCAAUAAGAAAAUUGAAGAUUUUAAUCUGAUUCAUCAGCACAUAUGCAGCAGUUUAGGACUGAGAGGUCGAAAUGUACCUGGUUUUACGUACUGAAUGUAUUUUAGUUUGGUAAAUAUUAAAUAAAUAAAUAAAACACUUGGUACAAAGAUUCGGUUUUAAUUGAUAUUUAACUUUGUCUCAGUGGAGACUGUAGCUCCCUCACAUUGAUCUGGACUAAAAUAACACUUCAACUCAUAUCUAUUUCUAUGAAGCUUUAUUUAGUCAUUUAUGGAUUUACCCAGGAGGAUGUUGACUUUUCCAACUCUAUAAAUGUUCUCUCACUGUCAGUCUUCUCCCUUUUUCCGUAAAAUUUUUAAUAACUUUAACUAUAAAAUCAAACACCUGCUAACAUAGCCCCUUCACCUUUAGAUCACUUCCGAGACCACCGUGCUUCUAAAUGGAUAAAAAAUCUGUGGUGUUAUCUCUUUCUGCCAGGAGCUGUUGCGCAUGAAUCUAUCCAAAGUCCACCCAUGGCUCAAAUAAUGCGACUGUGCCACAAAGCCAACGAGUUACAGAGAUAUCCAAAAGUUUUGUUGACCCAUAGAGUAGUGAGUGAGCCGUCUGUCCGCCCAGAGUCGCUGUGGGAGUUGCACAACAGCAGAAAAAAAGCAGCCAACAAACAUAGCGUCCCUCUCUCUCCGUCUCUCUUUAGUUUGCCACAUUUGUGCUGCAUUCAGAUCAUAACCCUGGGGUUCACAUCAUAUCUCCCAACAGUAAAUAUUUCAUACAGCCAUGAUUAUAAUUCGGCCCUAUCCGUACACAAGCAUCUGCAGCUCCUCCAACCUAACCACAAACACUGUGGAACAGUCACGAGAGUUUUGGGGGAGAAACAAACUGUGUUUACAGUUGGUAAAAAGAUUCGGACCAAUUUGUGACUUUGCAGAGGAGGAACAUGAAGACAAACAGACGCAGCACAUUUGCUCAGAGAAAUCGUCAGAAGUUUACUCUCAUCGUGGGCACGAAAGUCAUGCUUCUGUCCUCAAACGCUGGAAGCUUAACUGGUGUGACCUUUGGAUCGAUGGGAGUCUUUGCUUCUACAAGUCAGACAACAGGCGAGAGCUGGAGCAUCGCGUCAGUCUCAAACUAGCAUGCAUAGAUGUGCAGUCCGGUCAGGAAUGUGGAGGUGUGACUCCACCAGAGAGCAAUCCCAGGGAGAAUCUCAUCGUGGUUCACCUCAUGGACGGCUCAACACUCAACCUGUGUGCAAACAGUGAAGACGAAUCAAUAGCGUGGAAACUGACUCUGCUGCAGACCAGAAGAAACCCGGUGUUCACGUAUGACCCAUAUGAUGACUCCUACCAGGCUGUCCCCCUCAACAGCCACCACACUGUCUACAUAACACCUGGAGCAGGACCAGGAACCCACCAGGUGGUUGUUCAAAGGGACCCGUUUGAUGGCGUGGUGGAGCAUCUAGCACUGGGAAUGUUAGCAGGAAUGGCAGCCGGGGCAGCCAUGCGAUCCUUCCUUUGGAUGCCCUUGUUUUUUUGCUGAGAUGACUGACAUUACUGACAGGAGAGCAAAGCCUGCCUGUCACCAAAACAAGGGAGUUGGACAUCUAACGAGCAUGUGUAGAACAGGCUUUCCCAUCAUACUUGCUCUGAUAAAAAGCUGCUUCAGUGGUUCUUUUGUUUUUUAUUAUGAGCAUAUAAAACCUGCGUUGUCAUCUUAAACGUGUAAAACACUGUCAGAUGCUGCUGCCGUUUGUCGUCUGUGUUUUAAAAAUACUGGCUGCUACAAUAUUAGAGGAACAAACAUUACUGUUUUAAAGCGUACAUAGGAGAAUAUGGUUUUUGGGAGCUUUGUGCACUUUGUUCUCACUUGUCUUUUGUAAGUUUUGCUUUUACUUGCUGGUUAAGUUUAAGCACCAAAAAUUACUUGUUUAGAUUUAUGCACAAAACUCUUGGUUUAAAUGUGUCCCUUCACAUCAUUAACACUACACACUGUAAAAUGAACUGCAACAACACCAAGGUUGUAGAGUUUUACAUGACCACUUAUGAACGUUUGAAAAGCAGGAAGUUGGUUUUAUAUACGAGUUAUUUUACCAGUGGAAUUCUAGACAAAGUGUAGUUUGUAAGAAAUAUUAGCACCUCACUAGAAAACAAGUAGAUAUAUUAAAAAUAAAAUUAUUAUAAUAUACUGAAAUUCACUUUUGUUUUCACUGCACAACAGUCCUAGCUAUACAACUACUAACUAGCACUUUUCAUAGCUCUCGUCAGUAACACUGCCUCGACGCUGACCCAAAAGCUCAGCAGGUCAAAUUUCAAGGCCACUGAAGACUGCGUCUUAGGUAGUCAGCUUGCCUUUAGGUCAAAGCGUUUGAUGAAACCAUUGGUUUAAACUACAACUGCAAGUCCAACAACUAUGGAAGUCUGAUGAUUCCACCAAUAAGGAAAACAUUUGACACCCAUGAGUCAGUUGAGUUAUUUAGUUGAAAUUUUGAGAUAUUAACCCCAAGCAAAAAAAAGAAGAAGUUGUUUUUGGAAGUGGAAACAUAAUGUUAAACAUAAAAUACAAGCUCUUAAAAUAAAAAAUAAAUAAAGAGACACUGAAUAUUUGCCUAAAAUAUAUUUUAAAUUUAUUAUUUUAUUAAUAUUUCAAAAAAAAAAACAACAACCCACAAAGCAUUUCUACUCUGUAUCCAUCAACACACUGACAAUGAUGCUAAUGUAAUCUCAGCAAAGAGUGAAAUGAGUCGUGUGAUCGUUCGGUGCAUAUAGUUAUUGCAGUUCUAUGUUGCAUGCUACAACUAUAGUAUUAAAAUGCAAAACAUGUAUUAAAUGAUCAUGUUCAACUAUUCUCUUGUCUUUAUAACCAGAAUCAGUGUACAUGAAAAAAUCCUGCAGAGCUUGAAACCAAAGAACCAAGAAUAUAGAUUUGUAUGCAUCACACCACAUCAGUGCUUUGAGGGGGAUGGAUGUAUAAAUGCUGGUCUGUUUAAGGUAUGUGAGGCCUUAAGAAUAAAUGAACCACAUGUGGCACCCAUAUUUAUUAUUCCAUAUUCAUAUUUAUUCCCACAAACUUUAUCCCCUGCUGAGAGGAAACUGCCCAGUAUAUAUCUAUGAAACACAUUUUCUAAGAUUUUUAAAUGUUUCAGAAUUUCUUUGACACUUCUGUUGGCAACGUAAUUUCUAACUGUUAGUUAUAAUUGCCAUCUUCUCAAUAUUUUAAUUAAAUUGCAACAGAAGACACGACUUCUGAAAAAUUAAAGUUAAUGAGGCUUCUGCUGCUCUUCUCUUACAUUUCUUAUGGCUCUUAAAAAAAAUAAAAAACUGGAAGUGCAAAGUAGGCAUGGCUGAUUAGCCAGUGUUUCAACUUUUGGGUUAGUCUGAUUUAUAACCUGUCAAAUAAAAACUUCUGGCUAUAGUAGAGCCCUGUGAAA